ACGCACACGGAAGGAAGAAUCUUCCAAGCUACGAUCAUUUCGUGUGUAUCGCUCUUACCUCUUCUUCCACGACGACCCCCUGACCUCCCCCAAGUCCUAACCCUAAAUUCAUUUCUUUAAUUCGUAAAUUCCUUUGUCUUAAAGCUUUCCCUCCAUGUCUGCGCCUUCAAUCAUAUCAAGUACCAGAAGAAGAGAAGAAAAGGAGGAGAAGAUAAGAGGAGAGGAAAGAGCCUUUCUUCAAUCUUCAUCAUAUCCCCUUCCCCCCCAAAAAAAAACGAACCACCCAUGUUUCCCUUUUUCAGUUAUUCUCUCUCUUCCUUCUUCACCUUCUUCAUCUUCUUCUCCUUCUCUCUCCUCCUCCUCUCCCACCCUUGUUUUCCCGCCAGACCGUCACCGGGAUCGUUAACUGAAAAAUCAACCGUUUUAACCGCCGACCACAUCAACGCCACAUGGCAUCAAUUCCAGAAGUUCCUCGACGCUUCAACGGGCAGCCACGUCACCGGUCUAUCGGAGCUGAAAAAGUAUUUCAAACUCUUCGGUUAUAUCGCCGCACUCGACACAAACGUCACCGACACGUUCGACGAACGGCUUGAAUCAGCGGUGAUCCGAUACCAAUCGAAACUUGGCCUUCCGGUCACCGGUAAACUCGACUUGGAUACGCUUUCCCAGAUUAUGUUGCCUAGGUGUGGCAUGAGCGACACACACGAGUUACACACGACUCGGCACUUCGCUUACUUCCCAGGUGAGCCGAGAUGGAAUCGUCCGAAUCCAAUGAGUCUUAGUUAUGCGUUCUCACCGGAUCAUAUGAUAAGCUAUUUGACCGCGUCGGAUAUGCGAGCAGUCUUUCAACGAGCUUUUUCACGGUGGGCUGCUGUUAUACCUGUAAGUUUCUACGAGGCACAGGAUUAUCAUUCCGCUGAUGUCAAGAUUGGUUUCUAUAGUGGAGAUCAUGGAGAUGGACAGCCGUUCGAUGGGGUUCUUGGGGUACUCGCACAUGCCUUCUCUCCUGAGAGCGGGAGGUUUCACUUAGAUGCAGCGGAGACGUGGGCGGUUGAUUUUGGAAAUCAGAAAUCAAGGAUGGCCGUUGAUUUGGAAUCUGUAGCAACACAUGAGAUUGGACAUGUGUUAGGGUUGGGCCACUCGUCAGUUAAAGAGGCUAUUAUGUACCCUAGCUUGAUCCCAAGAACUAAAAAGGUGGACUUGAGGGUUGAUGAUGUGGAGGGAGUACAGGCCCUGUAUGGGUCAAACCCGAAUUUCCGGUUCAGUUCUUUGCUGGCUUCUGAAACUUCGUCAAAUCAAGCCGUUGGUUCAAUAAACCGGACCCCAAAGUGGCCCACUGCACUCAUACUCUUGAUAUUGUGUUUGUGUAUAUAAUAUAUUUUUUUAUUUAUUAUUAUUUUUCACACUUCCAAAGGAAGAAUUUAACAUUAUAAGAUAUAGGGAAGAAGAAAUUCUUUAUUUAUAAUUUUAUUUUAUUUUGUUUAUAAAUGAUAUGUUUCAUUGAGAUUUGAGGCUACCUUUUGAUGUCAGAUUGGAAUCUAAAUUCAAUCUUUGAUUACCCACUUAUAAGUUUCCCUUUACAAAA